AUGCAUCGACAGGAGUCUGUUAGCAGCGGCGGUGGCAAUGCCACGGGUCGUGGUUCUCUCACAACAGCGGAGGUGCUUGACCGUGCUAUGAACCAAUGUAUGCAGCGUGGCCUCUUUGACACUGCGUCAUGGCUUGGGCAACUUGCACUUAACGCUACAGACAGCGUUCUGCGUGACAGCAUUUCAGCGACAUCGCCAGCUGUCGCGGCGUUGCAGGAUCCGCCGCUGACAGGGCGUGCGCACCGUUACCUUGUUGUUGCGCUGAGCCUUAUGCAGAAGAGCGAGUAUAUACGUUGCCAUCAUGAACUCAAUAUUGCUCUAAAGGAAUUUUCUGCAGAAUCAACACCAGUGGAAAGUGAGAAAUGCGCGAGGGAUCACCCACCAAUGCCGCGAGGGAGUGGACGAUCCACACCACUGCCUGCAGCUUCUUCCUCACCUAUGUUGCCACCGCCUCAGCUGCAGUUUUUGUGUCUUUAUUCACUGUACAUGGCUGGGGAAUGCAUUAAAAGUACCAGUAGCAACCCACGGAAGAGCAGUAAUCCACACUUGCGUACACUGCGCGGACGGUUGCUCACUCUGCUUGAACAGCAGAGGCGUUCAUUAUCGUCAUCACCAGCGUCAAUCAAGUCAUCCAUGAAGCCCACACCUCUGUCUUCCGCAUCAAUGGCGGUUGGUGCCCCGGCGUAUGGUGAUCCCUUCUUAUGUUGGCUGCAUGGAGUCGUGCUGCGUGAGCUCGGUAUGAAGCAAGAGAGUGCCACUUACUUUUUGGCAGCCCUCUGCAACCACCCGAUGCUCUGGUGUGCCUGGGAGGAUCUUUGCACCCUCGUCAGCCGCGAAAAUCAGAUUGAAGAGAUUGAAGCAAUUAUUGCUUCACUGGAACCGCGGUUUAUGUCGGAGAUAUUUUUAGCAUCCGCGAAGGCCGCACUGAAUGUUGCCCCCAUGUCGCUUGUUCCACCUUCCUUGUCAACAGCCGCCGCCGCUGCCAUGGCCCAGCGAAGCACAAGCCCUCAUUGCGGUAGUUUACCCCGUCAGACGACGUCAACACUGGAGACUCAAGAACAACAUUAUCGUCCGCAGCACCAUCAACGACGUGGUGAGAGUGGCGUUUCUCCACGAUUGGUGAACUCCUGGGAGGCCCUGCUAGAGCGGUUCCCUAACAAUCUUUUUCUACUUGCCAAUCUUGCUGGCUACUACUACAACGUCAAGAAGGACCUUGAAAAGGCACAGAGUCUGUACAAACGAUUACAUGAGAUGAAUCCAUAUCGUCUUGAAUCCAUGGACGACUACUCUAUUGUACUAUUUCUCCGUGGCGAUCGCAUUGGUUUAAGUAGUCUUGCGCAGCAGGUUUAUCAAAUUGAUCCUUUUCGCGCCGAGAGUAACUAUGUUGUUGGCAACUAUUAUGUCCUGAUGGGCGCACACGAUCGGGGUGUUUUGCAUUUCCGUCGGGCCGUGGCAGCGGAUCCUACAUUUCUUGCCGCAUGGACACUACUUGGCCAUGCGUACCUUGAGACGAAAAACAGUGCAGCUGCAGUGGAGGCUUAUCGCGCCGCUGUUGAUUUGGAUCCGCGUGACUAUCGUGGUUGGUACAACCUUGGACAAAUCUACGAGCUGCUGCAAUUUUACCACCACGCACUCUAUUACUAUUGGCAUACCACAACGCUACGGCCCACGGAUCCUCGCAUGUGGUCUGCAGUGGCAAACUGUCUGGAUCGCGAGGGACGAACUGGAGAGGCGGUGUUGUGUCUUGAGCGUGCUGAGGCGCAUGAAAGUUCUUCUUCGGAUUAUUACCCGCCUCUUGUACAUCGCCUUGGGUUGCAUUAUUUGGGUAUACGACGACUGGAUCGUGCUGUUAUCUACCUCGAGAAACUCGCCCUCUCAGAGGCAAGAAGACGGGAGGAUGUGCUGUUUGCCAUUCCGCAUGUGGUGCCGUACUACCUGCAACAGGCAAGACAACUGCUGGACAUUCCUUCUCGAUCACCCAGUUACGAGCCACAACCGCACCAUUCAACAACCGCAGGAGGAGGGGAUGGGCAGCUACCGCAGACAAUGGCAUCGGCGAUGGGGGCAACCAAUGCCAGCACUGGUGGCAACGUCUACAGAAGCAGCUUGGCCGAUCAGUGGCUCACGGCGGACGCUGCGGCGCGGCGAAACAUUGAGACACGCUGGGAGCAGGCAGCCUUGUGCUUAACAAGUUCUGAGAGGCAUCUGGAGAAUUUCGCGUCCGUGCUGGGCAUUCCAGUGGCCUCGGCGGCGGAUAACGGGGCUCGCAAGUCCACCGAGUACGGUGAUACCGGCGUCAGUGGGAGUGGUGGUGUUGCUGGAGUGACGAUGGAUGAGGGAAGGAGCCAACACACAUUACAGCUUGCCUGCCUAUACCGUGAGCUAAAUAAGAUUCGUCAGUACUUGACAAGUCAGCAGGAACAGGUGGAGACAGCCAUGAGAAUGAGGGGGGGAGGAAACGCAUAG